UUCUUCCACUGGCUCUGGACUAUUCGUGGUAUUUGGUGAAUGAUGUUUCGGUUGGCGGCUUCGGCGACUCGCAGCACUGGCGUUCGUACGUUUGCGACGCGCCGCAAGACCAAGAACACGCUUCCGAAGGAAGUCAUGGACGCCUUGCCCUUUCACGAGGACGACGAGGAGGAAUCCGAGAAACCUAAAUCUCCGCCCGAUCCCUCCGAAUUCGUGCGGAAUCCCGUCACCGCCGCGUACACUGUGGACGUCCAAAAUCAGCAACUUUCCACUCUCGACUCGGCUGCUCUCAGUCCCAACGGAACCGUAGUGCACGGACGAUACGGCGAGAUCCCGCAAGCCUCCGCGAUUCCCCUCGAGUACCUCGCACUCCUGCGUCCCGCCGCCGAAGGCGCCGCUGCUCUCCGGGUUCUUUUGAAAAGCGCGAAAGCCCCGCACGGAACUCUCCUUGUGUUUGGUGCCUCCCAACCCAAUGGCAUGUCGAUCUCUCAGUUGGCCUCGAGUGCGGGACACGCCGUCGUAGCAGUGGUGGACUCGGCGCAUUCGGGAAACAGAGAUUUCAUGGAGUCGCUCACGGGUAUGAUACGCGAGCCCGGAACGGCCUUGCCCCAGGAAUUUGCCCUGUCGAAGAAAAACUUUGCGGAACUCGUCCGCGGUAUCAGUUCUGGAGACGAAGGAAUUCCCAAAGCCGAUCCGGCGGUGUUUUUGGAGGACUUUAAACAGAAUUUGAUGGACUACGCUGUUGCCUACCCCGAUACCCGACCGGCGGCUGUUUCAGAAGAACACAUGGAAUUUAACUACAUGGAAAAAGAUCGGGAAUACUGGCAGCAAAACAUGGAAGCCUACCUUUCUCAGUUCCCCCAGGGUUCUCCGCCAAUGGAUGCGGCUAAACUCGACGCUUUUUUCUCUACGGAACAGUACCAAGCCUUCCACGAAAUGUUUCUGAAGCAGACUUCUGGUAUCAUUUCCGGUGAUGAUACACCCUUUUCUCCCCCGCACAUUGUCCAGAGCAUGUGUCAGUCUCCGGUAACGCUGGAUCACAAGACUUACCCAGGAGCCGGUCCUUUCGUACCCUAUUCUUUUUCCGUCCUGCAACAGACCUUUCCGGAAGGAACCGACGUCAAGCCUGGCGGUCCGGUGAUUGGCGCGGCUAUUGCCGUCACGCCAAUGCUCCAAAAGGUCACCGAGGUUGUCAACAAAGAAAAAUCUAUCCGUGCCAAGGCGGAAGCCUUGCAGUUUUUAACCUCAACGGAACGAGCGUGUUUCUUGUCGGCCGCCAGUGUCGCCGCACAAGCUCGUGCUGCGGGAGCGCCGGUAGUCGUCAUGGGUGGAUCCUUGCCUGACCUGGAGACGGCGGAAGUUACGGAUGCGGACGUUCAGGAAGCUUUGGCCGCGAUGGAUAUUGACGAGGAAGGUAAUUCCCGAUUGAAUUACUUUUGUCAGGUUUACCGCGCUGGUGAUUUUCCGUUUUACGGGGACUACGCCGUUCACCGUGCAACGGAAACCCUGCCCGGUCCGCGACAGAUUAUUGUAACAAAGUAAAAAUCUUCUUUACCAACAAC